AUGAGCAGCAGCAAAUCUGGAAGGAUAAUAAGACGCAUUGGAGCCUUUCACGCAAAAAAUCUGACAAAAGACGCUUAUAAAACGCUGCCUACACAUGAACUUCUUCAAGCGUUGGGAUUCGUCAAACAAUCCCAGAGUGGUCUGGUGCAUUGGCUUCCAUUGGGUUUAAAAUCGCUCAAUAAAAUCAGUGAGGUCAUUAAGAAACACAUGGACCAGGAUUUGGGUGCUUCGGAAGUUUCGUUGAGUACUUUGUCCGCACGAAAGCUGUGGGAGAAAACUGGAAGGUGGGGAAACACUGAGCUCUUCAAGCUUAAAGAUGCUAAAAAAGCAGAUUACUGCCUCAAUCCGACGUGCGAAGAAGAAAUCACAGCGCUAGUAGGAGGCUAUGUGUCAAGCUACAAGGAUUUGCCAUUGAUCGCUUAUCAGAUCACGAGAAAAUACCGCGACGAAAGGCGACCUAGAGGCGGUUUGCUACGAGGACGAGAGUUCUUGAUGAAAGAUGCAUAUUCAUUCGACGCUAGCAAGGCAGAUGCAGUAGCAACCUUCGAUCGGGUCAACAAGUGUUACGAUGGCAUUUUCCAGGAUCUAGGGGUUCCUUUUGUGAGUGCGUGGGCCGAUUCUGGGGACAUAGGAGGAGAUAUGAGCAAAGAAUAUCAUUACGAGCACGAAUCUGGAGAAGAUACGGUCCUUAAGUGUGAUAAUUGUGGGUCUAUAUCGAACGUCGAGAAAUGCAGUUCGGUUCCCGUAGAAGAGGGCCUGCACAGCGGGAACGCGGAUGUGAAGUACGCUCUCAAUGCUUGUGGGGACACUUUGAUAUGUCUGUACUACCCAGAGGGGAGAACGUUGAACUGGAAUUUGGUCAAAGAGGCGCUGCAAGAGGACGUGGACGUCUCGAUGCGCGACAGUGACAAUUUAACGAUCUUAGACAAAUUUAAGAGCACACUAUCGGAGGACAGCGAGCUGUUUGCAUCCGUUGUUCGCGUCAUGGAUGUGCGUCUAAACUCAAGAUCCAACUUCCCAGAUUUCCCCUUAAAGCAGUACAUGAAGAGUAAUUUCGCGCAGCUCGGCGGAGUGUCGCUCGUGGAUGCGAUAGCGGGCGAAAUCUGCGGUUCGUGCCAAGAGGGAAACCUGUCUGAGGCGCGGACCAUAGAAGUAGGCCACUCUUUCUACUUAGGCCAGAAAUACUCAAAGGUAAUGAAGGCGAAGUACAUGAACAAAGACAACAAAGACGAUUUUUUGGAGAUGGGCUGCUACGGGAUUGGUGUAAGCCGGCUAGUCGCCGCGAUCGGGCAAGUGACGCGUGACAAGCAAGGACUCAGAUGGCCGCGCGCCGCAAGCCCCUUCGAAGUUACCGUUUGCGUGCCCGCACCUGACGAGCGUGGAACCGAGGUGGCAGAACAGCUAUGCAACUCGAGCAUAGACGUGUGGAUAGACGAAGACGCGAGGACGGGACUCGGACGCAAAGUAUUGCAAAGCCACGCGACGGGUAUUCCCUUGUGCGUUGCGGUCGGGAGUAAGCAAUGGCCGUUUGUGGACGUUGAAGUGCGCGGCGAGCGGCGUGCUAAUUCGUGGGAACAGCGAUACGCACAAGCGAGCCGCGACGAAUGGACCUUGACGGACCAAACAGACGCAGGAAUCGAAAAACACCGCGUGCACAAAGAUCGGGUGGCAGAGGUUGUAACCGUAUUGUUAGCGGAUAUGUAG